AUGUUGCAGCCAAUACUCACGCCUGAGAAACUGUGGCCGGGUGGCAUUCCAGCGUCUAAAGAAGAAUGCAAGGGAUGGUGUCAGUUCGUCGAGGAGGAGUGGGUGUCAAAAACGGAUCUCAACGAGGAAAUGCAACAAAGACGAACACUGAUUGAAAGAUGGGCUUCGGCGGAUCAGGCUUUUCGAGACUCUUAUCAAGAGCGCGCUCCUGCACCAAAGUCAGCCGUAGACUAUCCUCCACAUCUUCUUUCGAAGGUUUACCUUGGGCAAGAUUUCUUCUUUUGCCUUGCUGGAGUGGAUAAGAGACAUCAUCCGGAUAAUUACAUACGUUUGGUCAAGAACCUUAUCCUUUUAUAUUUACAUGACAACAAAUCAGGCAAUCAUCCACUGUCUCAUUCAAGUGGGCGGGAGUACGACCAAAUUCCGGAACUCUUGGCUGAUUCAUCUACAAUACCGGAUUUUACUAAGCUUUUCUCCCAUCAUGAUCUAUUAAUUAACCUCUAUCUACAUUCAGCAGAUUUCCGGGUUGUCUCUAUGACCCGCUUUGGCACGGUAGUCUUCCCUUAUGAAUUCUCCAAUAAGAUUUAUACCGUGAUUGAUCAGGACAAUCUGAACCAAGGUCGUGUGGCGGUGAUGACAUUCAAGCCCAAUGGGGAAACAGGAGAAUACGCCAAUGUCCUCCCUUGGAAUCUUGCCGAUAUGAUAAAUUUUUAUUAUGGGUUGGGCCGGCCAUGUCAUAGACUGUUUGACACUAAUGACAUACCUUUUACAGCUCGUUAUUUGAACAAACCGUAA